GAGCGGUUAGGAAUCGGCCAAGAUGGCGCAGUUCAGGUGCUUGUGCUGCACGAAGUUGAAUCAACCACUCUCCCGCUUUCCCGGUCUGAGCAAUGCUUCCCACCAGUGGAGAAACCCCCUUGGCUGGGAACGUCUCCCACAGCAGCCUUUCCCCCAGCCUGUCAGGGGUCCUCCAGGUUUACCUUUACCACCUUCCAAACUCUCCCCGGAUGGCCCCAGACACUGCCGGCGUCUUAAACUUCACCCGUGGGGAAUACACUGCCGAAGAACUCUGUGUGGCAGCUGCCAGAGCGUGUGGGAUCCUUCCGGUCUGCCACUCCCUCUUCGCCCUGGCUGCAGAGGACCUCUCCCGCUGGUUCGCCCCCAGCCACGUCUUCCUGGUGGACAAGGGGUUCAGCCAAGUGGUGCUCUAUAGGAUCAGGUUCUUCUUCCCGGACUGGUUCGGGCCCCGGAAGUCCCACCGCCUCGGGCUGACGGACGAGCAGGCCAGCCCCGUCCUCGACUGCUCCACCAUGGAUUACCUCUUUGCCCAAUCCCGCAGCGAUUUCAUCGGGCGACAGAUGGCAGUGCCCCUGACGCUGGAGACCCAGGAGGCCUGCCUGGGCCUGGCUGUGCUGGACCUGCUUUGGAUCUCCCGGGAGAGGAAGCAGACGCCAGCGGAGGUGACCCAAACCAUCAGCUACAAGUCGUGCCUGCCAGAGAAGCUGCGGUGCCAACUUCAGGCACAAAACUUCGUCACCCGGAAGCGAAUCCGGCGCCAGUUUGCCCGCUCCCUGCGGCAGGUCAGCCGCCUCCCGGCCGAAGUGAGCUUCCUCAAGCUGAAGUACCUCAUUGAGCUGGAGGGCCUGGGGGGCGGCCCGGCAGAGGAGGCGUUCUCGGCCCGGCUCCCUGGCCAGACGGCCGAGGGCGAGCGGUGGCUCUGGGUCUCGGCUGAGAAGGGGAUCCUGUGGAGCUCCAGCAGGGCCGAGCAGGACCCCCACCCUUUCUGUGACUUCUGCGAGGUGGCCGACGUCACCAUCAAGCAGGCCAUCCAUAACGGGCUGCCGGUGGAGAACCGCAUCGUCACCAUCACCAAGACUGACUGCCGGGCCCUGGAGGUGGAGUUCCCCCACCUGAAGGAGGCCCUGUCUUUUGUCUCCCUGCUGGACGGCUAUUACCGGCUGUUGGUCGACUCCCAGCACUAUUUCUGCAAGGAGGUGGCUCCCCCAAGACUGCUGGAAGACCAGGCAGCCCAGUGCCACGGCCCCGUCACGUCUGAAUUUGCAGCAAACAAGCUGAAAAUGCUCGGCUCUGGGGGAGGAGCCUACCUCCUUCGACGCAGCCUGGUAGACUUUGACAGCUACCUGCUCACCAUCUGCGUAGAGGCGCAAACGAGAAAGGAGUUCAAAAGCCUGCUGAUCCAGAGGAACAGCGAUGGGACCUUCUCCCCCGCCGGCAUCGCCAAGAAAUUCCACAGCCUCCAGGAAGUGCUGGGGCUCUAUCGGCGCUGCAGCCUCCAGGUUGAAGGGGUGACCAUCCAACUGGGCACCCACUGCCCGCCGCAGCCUAAAGAGAAAUCCAACCUGCUGAUUGUGCGAGGGGGCAGCUGUCACCAGCUCCCCACAUCUCCCUCCGUCCUGCGCCGUGCCAACAACCAGAUGAUGUUCCACAAAAUCCAGGCUGAGGACCUCGUGCAGGGUGAAAACGUGGGCCAGGGGACCUUCACCAGGAUCUACCGGGGCUUCAAACAGGAGCCCCAGAAGGAGGCGGGGGACGCCGAGCUUGGGGAAGCUCCAGCCACUGAGGUGAUCCUGAAAGUCCUGGACAGCGGCCACUGCCACCUGGCCGAGGAGGACAGGAAGAUCCCUCAUGGCAAUGUGUCUGCCAGGAAGGUGCUCCUGGCCCGGGAGGGCGACGAGGCUGCUGGACACCCCCCAUUUAUCAAGCUCAGUGACCCGGGAGUCAGCACCGCUGCCCUUUCGAAAGAGGGAGUGACGGACCGAAUUCCCUGGGUGGCCCCCGAGUGCGUGGAGGACCCCAAGAAGCUGGCUGUGGAGUCUGACCGGUGGGGCUUUGGUGCGACCUUAUGGGAGAUCUUCAACGGUGGACACAUGCCCGUCUGGGGGAUGGGGCCCCAAGCAAAGCUCCGAUUCUACCAGGAGCGCCGCCAGCUGCCCACCCUCAAGUGGACGGAGCUGGCCGGCCUGGUGGCCCAGUGCAUGGACUACUGCCCCCCUCAGCGCCCUCCCUUCCGUGCCAUCAUCCGUGACCUCAACAGCUUCAUCACUUCCGAUUACGAGCUCCUGACGGAUCUCCCGGCCAGCAGCAGCUUCGGGGGAGGCAGGGAUGACCUUGUGGGCCAGGAUCCCACCGUCUUUGAGGACCGGCACCUCAAAUACAUCUCCGUGCUAGGCAAGGGGAAUUUUGGGAGCGUGGAGCUGUGCCGAUACGACCCCCUGGGGGACAGCACGGGGGAACUGGUGGCAGUGAAGCAGCUGCAGCAGACCUCGCCCGAGCAGCAGCAGAACUUCGAGCACGAGAUCGCCAUCCUGCGCUCCCUGACCCACGACUUCAUCGUCGCCUGCCGUGGCGUGGCCUACAGCCGGGGUCGGAACAGCCUCCGGCUGGUCAUGGAAUACUUGCCCAGCGGCUGCCUGCGGGGCUACCUGCAGAAGAACCAGGAGCGGCUGGACCUCAGGAAGCUGUUGCUCUACGCCUGGCAGGUGUGCAAGGGCAUGGAUUACCUUGGUUCUCGGCGCUACAUCCACAGAGAUCUGGCCACCCGGAACAUCUUGGUGGAAAAUGAAAACCGGGUCAAGAUUGGCGACUUUGGCCUGGCCAAAAUCCUGCCCCAGGGCAAGGAGUAUUACGUGGUGCGGGAGCCUGGACAGAGCCCCAUCUUCUGGUAUGCCCCCGAAUCCCUGGCCGACAGCGUCUUCUCCCAAGAGUCGGACGUCUGGAGCUUCGGCGUCGUCCUCUACGAGCUUUUCACCUACGGCAGCACGAGCCACAGCCCCUCGGAGGAAUUUCUCCGCAUGAUGGGUCACAGCAAACCUGCCCUGAUCGUGUGUCACCUCUUGGAGCUGCUGAAGGAGCAGAAACGCCUCCCGCCUCCCCCCGGCUGCCCCCCAGAGAUUCUGGCUGUGAUGCAGGCCUGCUGGUCCUUCCUGCCAAGCCAGCGACCCCGAUUCUGCACCCUGACCACCCAGGUUGAGGCCCUGCGGCACAGCCACUGCAAGUCCCGAGGCUAGGGGAGGACGCAGCUGAACGCCGGCGCCAGGCCCUCCCUCCACCUUGCGCGCUCCAAAGACAUUUCUUCCCGUGGACCCCGAGGCCUGCGCGACCGCCUUGCUCCGCCGGGGCAGCGUCUUCAGGGUCUCUGCAGCUGGGCGGCCUGGACUUCCAGCCUUCCCUGGCUCCCCAGCCCCGCGGGCACCUGAGCUCAGCGUCUUCCCUCCCGCUGGUGACGUUCAGAGAGAAGAACCCUCGCCUGGCAGCAGCCGUGUGCCUCUGCUGUGAAUCACCCACCUGCACCAGAGCCUUCUGGCCUACGACUCCUGCCCUUUAGCGCAUGGCAGAGGGGCCGGGAAGGGUCUCCCAACCUCUCGGGCAGCUUCUGGUGACCAAAACCUGGCCUUGAAAGAGGACGGUGCUUCGCAGCUCUGCAAACAGCUCUCUUUCACUCCUCUCUGCUGCUGCACAAAUCUGCCCCCCAUCCCCAGCUCCUCCUGGCACGGCCGGCUGCCAGGGCCUCGGAGAGACCAGGCUUCACCGGGUGGCGCCUCUCCCCCCCAGGAGCCACCCUGAAAAGCCAGCCACUGCAGCGCCAGGGAGGCAGAGCCUGCCUGGAUUCUCUCUGCCCACUCAGGCUCAGAGGGGCACAGCUCCCCCACUGAACCCUGGAGGAACCUUCUCCUGGGGGCACCCAUUUGGACAGCUGAAAUUCUGCCCCCCAGCUUUCUCUUCCCAGAAGUGGGUACGCAAGGGGCGGGGAGGAGCCAGCCUGACCGGAGGACGACGCGGGGAAGGAAGGAAGCUCCAGUCGGCACGUCCUCACGUGUGCUGCUUCGCCUCCUGCGAUGGGCACACCUCCCCGCUUCAUUUCCUGCUCAGGCAUCUUCUGCGGGACUGAGUCAGGCUCCCUGGCCGACAAUUCCUGGGGAGGGACCACCGUGGCUCUCCGCCAGUCCUCUGCCCCCCCGCCCCGGACUCCUCAGAGAUAAUUGAGAGGGAUCCUGACGGCGCUUUACCCAGUUCCUUCAGCAUUCACGGUGUGUUUCCCCCAGGCUGGAGGCUGGGCGGCCCUCAGCUUAGCCACAAGUCCCUUUAUUGUCCACGCCCUUCCCUGUUUAUACACGCACUGCAAACCAAUAAACGCUGGCGAGACCCGA